AUGGCGACCAACGGCCAAUCCGCCCACCCCGAGGACCUCGCCGGCAGGAAGUACAUCCGCUGGGAUGCCAAGGGCGUUGAGAAAGUCCCGCCCAAUGAGGCUGAAGACAUCCAGGCUGUUGCCGACAUGAUCAAUGAGAUCCAACGCGCUCACUGGAACAAGGCCCGUCAUUGUUUCGGCGGCACGCAUGCCCGCACCCACGGCGUGGUCAAGGGCAAAUUCCUCGUCCCCGACGAUUUGCCCCAGCACCUCAAGCAGACCGAGCUCUUUGCGACGGGAGGCGAGUAUCCCGCUGUGUGUCGCUACAGCACAGAGCCGGGCGACCCGGGCUUGGAUGACCGCAUCGCGCAGCCGCGUGGCUUUGCAAUCAAGCUGUUCAACGUGCACGGCAAGAUGUUUGAUGAAGGCGCCGCCUAUCCCACCCAAGACAUUGAAUUCAACAGCACUCCAGUCCUAGACCUAGCCGACGCCAAAACUACCCGUGACAUCAUCAAUCUGCGCAUCAAAUACGGAAAUGACCAGUCAGAGCUAUACAAGCACCUCGAGGCACGCAAAGACACCGAUCUGCAGAAAGGCCGUGAUGCCGUCCGCAAUACGCACCUCGAGAGCACCCGCCAGUACUCGCAGACCGCAUAUCGUUUCGGGGAUUUUGUGAUCAAGUAUUGCCUGGUUCCGUCGAGUGAUACACAGCGCACACUCUACGAAGAAACCGUCAAGCCCGCCGACGGCUCGGAUGUCUUGCAUCGCUGGUUGCAGGCUUUCCACAAGGAGCACGAUGCCGAAUAUCUCUUCCAGGUGCAGCUGUGCGAGAACCUAGAUGAUCAGCCAGUUGAGUAUGCAGGGAAAGUUUGGGACUCGGGCAAGUACCCCUGGCAGACCGUUGCGAAGCUGGUCAUUCCGAAGCAAGACAGCUUUGAUUACGAGCGCAAGGCAUUCUGGGAGGACCACAUGCGUGUUGAUCCAUGGCACGGCUUGGUUGGUCUGCAGCCCCUGGGCAGUCCGAAUCGCCUUAGAAGAGUUGUGUAUCCUGCCAGUAGCAGCCUUCGCCGCAAAAUGAACGGGAGAAAGGAGAUCAACGUCAAAAGCAUCGAUGAGAUUCCAGGCUAG